UUUCUUUGAAACUUUAAUUGUGAAACUACCGAGUACAGUUACGCGAUUUAUUUACCCACACAUUCGUUGCGAAAAAAAAAACCCACCGGCCAUGAAUGAAUAAAAUUUAAGGUUUAACAGCAGAUACCAAAGGACCAAUGAAACUGGCUGAAUAAGAUGGCACCAAACUGUCGACCAAUUACUUUCUUCAGUACCUCCUCCCUAAAACGACAUCAGAAGCUUAGGUAGAGAGCAUCAUCGUGAGUACCUCAACAGUACAGCACAGGAACAAGCGCUUAUUGUGUGGUCUGUAGCACUUGAUCCACACUGCAUAAUUUUCAUUUUCAGUGUGUUUAAAGCAGCUGCUUCUCUCAAGAUUUUAGUAGCUGGCAAGAAGCGCAGAAUUAGCUCACGAUGACUACAGCGGAGACACGCAGAAACGGGGAGGUUGCGACAGAGUCCACGGUGGAAGACGUGUUUGAUGAGACUUACAGGGAAAAAGAGGGUCCGAAACCUCCCAGGAAAAUUGUAUGGAGAAACGUUAUCUUGAUGUCCUUACUGCACGCAGGAGCUUUGUAUGGGCUGACCCUGGUUUCCUCUGCUUCUGUCUUGACCUUGAUGUGGGCUGUCUUGUGUUUCCUGCUGAGCGCCUUAGGAGUGACAGCUGGGGCACAUCGACUCUGGAGUCACAGGUCCUAUAAGGCCAAACUGCCCCUGCGGAUCUUCCUCGCUUUUGCCAAUUCAAUGGCUUUUCAGAAUGACAUCUACGAGUGGGCUCGGGACCACAGAGCUCACCACAAGUACUCUGAAACAGAUGCCGAUCCCCACAAUUCCGGAAGAGGAUUUUUCUUUGCUCACAUUGGUUGGCUCCUGGUACGCAAACACCCUGAUGUCAUUGAAAAGGGAAGCAAGCUGGAGCUCACUGAUCUGAAGGCAGAUCCCGUCGUCAUGUUUCAAAGAAAGAAUUAUAAGAUGUCUGUGGUUCUGAUGUGCUUCGUCUUUCCCACGGUUGUGCCCUGGUACCUGUGGGGAGAGUCUUUGUGGGUGGGGUACUUCAUUCCUGGAAUCCUGAGAUACACUCUGGUGCUGAAUGCCACCUGGUUGGUGAACAGUGCUGCCCACCUGUGGGGAAACAGGCCAUAUGAUGUGCAUAUCAGCCCCAGGGAGAACAGAUUUGUCACCUUCAGUGCGAUAGGAGAAGGGUUCCACAACUACCACCACACUUUCCCAUACGACUAUGCAACAAGUGAAUUUGGUUGCAAAUUAAACCUCACCACCUGCUUCAUUGAUUUCAUGUGCUUUGUGGGCCUGGCUACGGACUGCAAGAAAGUGCCACAGGAAUUGGUCAUGGCCCGUGCUCAGCGCACAGGGGAUGGCAGUCACAGAAGUGGCUAGGAGGCUCCGGGAUUCAGGAACGCCAAGAAGAAAAAGAGCACACAAGAAAAAUAAUGAAAAAAAAAAAACGGAAAAAUAAGUGCAGAGUAUUUUUUUUCGGGGGGUUGCUUCUCUGUUGUGUGAAUGGCUCCACAACCCUUUAGAAGUAAACGUUUUCCUAGUUCGUAAGGAUUAAUAUUAGCUUUAAAGGGAACAGGCCUUUUCGUAACUGAUUUUUUUGUUGUUUUCUUUGUUCCUAACUGAAGCGGUAGAACCCGUGUGGGCUGGAGAAAAACAAAGCCAUUCUUAGCUGUGAAAUUUGGGCUCAUAUUGCAGCCCUGUGCUAGAAUUCUCUAUGCCCAGUGGCUGUAAUGGGCUCACUCUCAUUCACAAGAGAGAGCUGGCAGAGACUGCUGAACAAAGCUAUGGUGAAGCUGCUGGAUGUUUGAUUGACAAUAGACCAAAUUUAAUGAGCUGCAGCUAAGCAUAUCCACAGUAAGGGAAUGAAUGAAACUGAAUGGAACCUGUUUCUUAUAUACAGUGAUAACAUUUGUUGUCCCCACUUGAAAAUACAUUGUCCAAACAAGUUGUAUUUUAGAACAGGUUGUCCAAAAAUCUUUUGACAUUUUGGGCCACACAAAAAAGUGGAAUGUCUGAGUUUUGUAAAACAUAAUUUUUGAAUUGGAAGCCAAAUCAGGGUUUUUAAUAAUACUGCACUUUCAUGCGCUUAGGAAGUAGAGGAUAGCAUCCAAAACGGAAGAUGUAUCAUUACAAAUUAUUCCUGCAUUUAAUGUUUUGUAUGCAGCUGCAUUCAGUCUCUUACUCAGUGUUGCUGUAACUUACAGCACGUGUGUUUACAGUAAAUAGUAGCUACCAGUAUUAUAUUGUAGAGGGCCGCAGGAAGAACAUGCAGUCCAACACUGGAUAAUGUGCAGCAUUCAGAGAGAUGUGACAGAAUUGUUAUUGAAGAGGUACGCUUUGAGUCUUCAUUUCACAUAAAGAAGAGCAUCAUUCAGUUACCUUAGGAUUCAAGCUCUUCUUAGAUCAGAUGCUGAUGUUUAUGGUUUAGGUUGCUCUUAAUCACACCCUAUUGUUGGGUUUGUAUUCGUCUUUUGGAAAGUCCUGUUCUGAAGUCCACCUGUUUCUCCAAAUCCUGUUGGAGAAACUGUUCCCAAAGCCUUAGUACAUAACACCAUUCACAGUCUUUGCUCAGCUCCGUUGCUGUUGUGAGCCAGCUUCCCAUGGAAAUGUAAAGCAGCUUACAAGACACUUACCAAAGUGCAGAACUAGACAAAGCAGUGUGCUAUUUAAUUGAAAGCAGAGUGGAGUAUUGACUUUGAUGGAGCAGGGCUUUUGUUGAAUUCAGACAGAUGAUUUAGCCUUAGGAGUACCGGAAAGUGUGGUAUCUCAGCUUGAAACUUUGAAACAAAACAGGUGCUACAUUGGUGGCUGUCUUAAUACCUGCAGGUGAACAUUAACCUUAGCACUUAUUAACCCUGAAGUGACCACAUCAUUCCACUUGCAUGACCCUUCUAGAGUUAUUGAUCCAAAAGAAAUGUUUGUCAUGUUGUUCAUUAAUAUUGAGGAAAGUAAAACUAAGUUGUACGGUACAAUAUGUGCACUUUCAGUUCUGAAAUUAAAUUCAGAAAUUUUGAACUAAACAAUAAAAUGUAAUUUUAAUUAAUUACUGUUGCUCUAUCUUUUGCAGUGCAAUUAUUUUCCAGUAUUGACUGAUGAAUUAUAAAUGCCUUAAAUAACUUAUCAGGCACAUUUGAGGAGAAUGUUUAAUGCACUGUAUGUGUUGUAAAUUAAGUAUAUUUUCUAAGGGGGAGAAAUACUGUGUUUGUAUUUGUUAUAAUGCCACGGUAAUUUAUGUUUUUUUUUCUUAAUUCAAAUAAAAAAACUGCAUUAUA